AUGUCACCAAGUGAAAGUUUUCUGCAAAUUAUGCGCUUUGUGCGCUUCGUGAAAAGAUGUCUGGGAGUCGAUGUCUAUGACAAGGAUUAUCGCAUGAACAUUUUCACGGCAAUGUGUGUCUUAGCUUGUUUCAUAUACGGCGGAUUCACACUCAAUACGGCGAUUCGUGAGAGGCAUUCGAUAUUCGCUUUCCAGGCACUAGUAAUGAGUGGUCUUCUGGUGCAAGGUGUCAACAAGCUGUUUGUGGUUGUUUAUAAUGCUCGCGAUCUAUACAAAUUGAAUCAGAGUGCUUUUCAAGUCUAUCUCGAUUACGAAAAUCAUUCGGAUCCCAGAUUUGCCACGAAUCUUCAGGAGAGUUGCGACAGAUUGCGACGAGCUUUUAUUAUAAUGUUCAUCUCCUAUUACAUUGCCAUCGGUGGCAUGAUUAUCUUGCCCCUCUCGGUCAAUAUGUUUACCGGGGAUCGUCACUUGAUCAUGCAGUUUUAUGUUCCGGGUAUUGAUCACACGACUGAGUCGGGAUUUUGGCUAUUGCAAGUCAUUCAUGUUUUUGUGCUGAACGUGGGCGGAGCGGGAAUGUUUGCUGGCGAUUUGGUUAUCCUUGUGCAUCUGCUGCAGGCAUAUAUAUUCAGGGAUGUGCUGCGUCUCAAGAUCGACCUAUUCAACACGUUUGUGGAGGAACCUGGCAAGCAAUCUGAUUUGGAUAUACAGAAAGGACUUGUCGACAUGAUGCAGUUUCAUCAGCUCUACUUAAGUUUCAUCGGUCGCUGCAACGAUCUCUUCUACUCGAUUGUGUCCACACAAGUCAUCACAGCAGCUGGUUGCUUUAUUCUGACCAUGUUUGUUCUCCUUACCAGCGUUUGGCCCGGUGGCUGGGCUUAUGCAGUAGGUCUAGCUUCAAAUUUAUACAUUUAUUGCGUUCUCGGUACUUUGGUUGAAAAUUGUAACGAUGAUCUCAUCUAUGAGGUCUACAACAUAUCUUUCUACAAUCUGAAUGCUCGCCAACAGCGUCAAGUUUUAUUCAUGUUGUGCAAAACUCAAAGAACUGACAUGAUUCAGGUACUGGGUGUAAUGCCUUUGGCCGUGAGCACAGGUCUUCAGGUCACAAAGAGCAUUUAUAGCGUUGCAAUGAUGAUGAUAAACUUUGUUUAAAUCAAUAAAAGGAAAAGGAACAAACACAGCACAAUGAAGUCCACUUCGGUCCAGAGUGAUAUAUUUCGAAGCUAAAAGCAGAGAACGGGGAUCCCAACGUUAUAAAUGCAACGAUAGA